UUUUUUUUUCAAAAAGAAAGUGGCCCCCAACAAGUUUUAUAUAUGGGUUAGGGGGGCUGCUGUGACUAACUUAUAGCAGCAGCAGCCUAGCUUUGUUGAAUCUCCUCAUCUCAAAAUUUCUUCAUACUUUAGCAAAAUUUUCCCUUUCCUUUCUCUUUUUAUUCCGAGGGAGAGGCUAUUGAUUUUCGCCCAUGGCGAAGGUUAUUAAAAAUUAUGUUUUGGCGAUGCUCAGAGGAAUUGUUUUUGUUCAUUUAUUAGCCUCAGUGGCGGUCGGCGCUAGGGUGCUGCCCACUCACCCUUACUUGGACGGGCGAGAAAAACCCGUCGCCAACAUUUUUGAUACUUCAAAAUAUGGGAUUUUUCAGCUGAGUGACGGUUUGGCAAAAACUCCUCAGAUGGGAUGGAGCAGCUGGAAUUUUUUUGCCUGUGAUAUCAAUGAAAAAGUUAUCAAGGAAACAGCUGAUGCUCUCGUUUCUACUGGCUUAGCCAACUUAGGUUAUAACUACGUGAAUAUUGAUGAUUGCUGGUCUGAACUGGUACGAGACUCAAAGCCGAGCAAUGUGCAGGGUCAGCUAGCGGCUGAAGCAAAAACUUUUCCGUCGGGAAUUAAAUCUCUCGCUGAUUACGUGCAUUCAAAGGGCCUGAAGCUAGGUAUCUACUCAGAUGCAGGGGCUUUCACGUGUCAAGUUCGACCUGGAUCUCUUUUUCAUGAAUUAGAUGAUGCAAAACUCUUUGCAUCUUGGGGAGUCGAUUACUUGAAGUACGACAAUUGUUUUAAUCUGGGACUUGAACCAGAAAAGAGGUAUCCACCAAUGCGUGAUGCCCUCAAUGCAACUGGACGUCCAAUAUUCUAUUCACUUUGUGAAUGGGGUGUUCAUGAUCCGGCUUUAUGGGCAGGCCAAGUCGGACACAGCUGGCGAACAACGGAUGACAUUAACGAUUCAUGGGCGAGCAUGACAACAAUUGCUGACAUCAAUGAUAAGUGGGCAUCAUAUGCGGGACCUGGUGGAUGGAAUGACCCUGAUAUGUUAGAAGUUGGAAAUGGCGGCAUGAGUUACCAGGAAUAUCGAGCACAUUUUAGCAUUUGGGCCUUGAUGAAGGCCCCACUUAUUAUCGGAUGUGAUGUUCGAAACAUCACCUCAGAGACACUUGAAAUUCUUGCUAAUGAAGAGGUUAUUGCUGUGAAUCAAGAUCCUUUGGGAGUUCAAGGAAGGAAAGUUUAUUCCUACGGGCCCCACAGUUGCUACCAAGUUUGGGCUGGCCCACUUUCCAGUCAACGUUUGGCCGUUGUUCUGUGGAAUAGAUGUUUGAAAACUGCCACUAUCACGGCCAAAUGGGCCGUACUCGGGCUCGAGUCUUCCGUGCGUGUAUCAAUUAAGGAUUUGUGGAAGCACGAAUAUGUUUCGAAGGACAGCGUGGCCUUGUUCAGUGCUCGAGUAGAUGGUCACGCUUGUGAAAUGUACAUUUUUACGCCGGAAGCUGCAGCCCACUCGACAAGUUAAGUUCAAGGCCCGGUUUCAGUUUCUUCUCGAUUUGACCAUUCUGGCUCGGUUGGUGCAAUUAGAAAAAAUUGAGAAGUCAUUGGCUAUGCAUUCAUGAGUUGAGUGAAAGCUAUAGAAUGUUAGUUUAUUAACUUAUUUCAUACUACCAUCUCUCAGUUUAUUAAGAGAGUUUGUUGGUCACAAAUAAGCAGUUGUGUAGUUUGUGUUGUACCAUAAGAGUGUGCUGUUGUUGUAUCUUGAUUUUGAAAAAUGGGAAAGGUAAUUGAAGAUUUUGAUUGCCUCAUAAAACAUUCCACAGUGAAAGAAAAUGAUGAAAUAGAAACAUAAAAGCAAUAGAAGAAUUUAUAUAUGUCUGGAUCACCAGAGAAUGCAAACACCACCAGAUAAAAUUCUAUAAAUAACAUAGAACCCAAAGCAGUUGAAAGCACUAUAAUCCGUGUUUAGUUUAGUUUACAGUGGACUUGAGUUCCAACAGAAACAAAAACCUUAAACUCAGUUAUCAAGAGGAACUGGCUAAGGACUCGAUUAGCAGUUGAUAACCCUCAGGCACUAUAGCCUGCACCUGCACACACCCAGCCAAUGCCGGCACAUCAGCAUUCACGUCCAAGAACCUCGCGAGCAAAAGAAGCAAGUGGAAAUCAGAAAUCCGCUUCACAAACGGCAGGUUUUUGGCUCGGUCAAGAUGGGUUUUCAAUGACCUCAUCGUUACAGGUGUUUGCCUGUUCUCGAUGGGAAAUGUUGAUGAAAGCGGGCCCUGAUGAUCGAAAAUCUUGACAACCACCAAGAAGAAAUCGUUGUCCACUUCCCUCACGUCCUUUCCCCCGACCACUACAUCCUUCUUCAUCCUCGACAGCUUGGGAUCCAUAUCCUUCGGUACAUCCCGUUCGAACCAGUCUUCUUUAAACAACCUCACACACAUAUCACUCAUCUGAAAAGCCUCGAAAUGCACAUCGGCCCCACCAUCCUCAUUCACCUCCAGUUUUACAAUGGCAGUCACCCACUCCUUCAAAUCCCCCUCUGCCUGAAGCUCGGCAGCUUGCAAGACCUCAGUGCUCGACAUAGUGUAAUCCUUCUUGUCCUGACUAACUGUCUGCGUGAAUAUAAACCCGACCCUUCUCAUCCCCAACCCCAAAGCUAUGGCCUCGACCAGUUUCUCCUCCUCCGGGUCCCUUAGCAGUAUCAGAUUUUCUUCUGUUCCCUGCUGUGGAGGCUCGUAAAUGAAAUCAACCUCGACUUUACCCUCAUCGGACACUGUGCCGUACAUGAAACCCCCGCGCUUGACUGCAAAGGCUAGGGUUUCGUUCACGUAGUGCUGGAAGGCAUUUGCAGUGUCCCGGUCGAAGGAGACGAGCUCGCAGUGUGGGUUCUCCUGGCGUGUGAUCCUCAUCUGCUUCGCGAUCAGGUCGUCCAUGGUCAUCUUCUUGCCGAAAGAGCCCGCGGGGUGGAAGGCCGGGCCGGCCACGGCCCGCUCGCCCUCGUAGGCCAGGUAGACGAUGGAUCCGUGCGCGAUGUUGAGGGAGGAUAGGAGGGAGUUCGGAUCGGCCAUGUCGGCGAACCGGGUCCAGUCGGCCGGGUUCUUGGCGAGGAGCAGCUUUUGGUCGGUGGAGAGGGUCUGGGCCGAGAUGGGGACACGGAGCUGGGACUGGAUUUCGGAUUUGAGCUGCGCCACGGUGGAGGUGAGGGGGUUGUCGAUCGAGACGCGCUCCAGGCCAUCGCGGCUUCUGAUUCUGAUCAUCAUCUUCGUUCAGAUUAAUUGAGAAAUAUUAACAAACAGUUGGUGGGCUUUGGUUUGAUGAACUGAAAUAUAUAAUGCACACGAAUCAACAAGACAAUUUUAGGGAAAAAUUAGUGAAAAGGGUAAGGAAUUGUAUACCCUAACCCCGUGAAAAUUUAUUGGAAUUAGGUUGGAGAAAGUAGGAGAUUAAGUAUAAAAAGAGUCUGGAGUGAGGAAGCACGAAUCUAUUUUUCCUUCCCUUUUUUCCUUGAAUAAAAAAUUGUUUUUUUUUUUUAAUUUGAUAAAUUUGUAAAAAGUCCCCAAAAUAAAACAAACAAACUCAUAAAAUCUCCACCAUGUUCACAACGCUCCACCUUAAACCCUCAAUUCCCUUCACCUCCCUUACCCCCAAAUCCCUAAAACCCGCAACAAAAUGUUGCAAAUCGGAGACUCCGCCGGAGACCGAGCGUGGCUUCACCUUCGACGUCGGCAGCACCUUCUUCCGCCGCGAGAGCUUCACCGGGCGCGAUCUCGGCGUGCUCUCCGCCGCCGUCCACAGGCAAUCCAGUAACUCCCUCAGGGUGCUCGACGCAAUGUGCGGCUGCGGGAUCCGUUCGAUGCGGUACCUCGCGGAGGCCGGCGCCGACUUCGUGGUGGCCAACGACGCGAACCACGAGUACGGCGGCGUCAUCUCCAGUAACUUGGAGAGGGCAUCGGGCGGCGGCGGCGGGAUGAGGAGCUGGGUGGUGAAGCACAUGGAGGCGAAUCGACUUCUGACCGAGUGCUAUCUGGAGAGGGAUUACUUCGACUUGAUCGAUGUGGACUCGUUUGGGAGCGAAUCGAGUCACCUGAGGUCGGCACUGUGUGCCGUGAAACUGGAUGGGCUGCUGUACGUGACGUCCACCGAUGGGUAUACGUCCGGCGGCCACCGGCCCCAACAUUCUUUGGAUGCAUAUGGAGCAUAUGUCCGGCAUAUGCCAUACUCAAACGAGAUUGGGUUAAGAAUGCUUAUAGGCGGGGCUGUGCGGGAGGCCGCUGUGUUGGGGUACCACAUUUUGCCACUUUUCUCUUACUACUCAUACCACGGGCCUGUGUUCCGUGUGAUGCUUCAAGUUAGGCGUGGCAAAAUGCCCAUCACAAGGCAUUAUAGUUUCAUCAGCUACUGCAAUCAAUGUGGAAACUCCCGAGCAUUCUCAUGGGAUGAACUUGGUGAAAUGAGGUGCUCUUGCAAUGGUGCCUUAGGUUCACUUGUGGUUUCUGGGCCCCUCUGGACAGGACCCCUUCACUGCUCGUCUUUUCUUACGAAGAUACUGAACUUGGCCGAGCUAUGGGGUUGGACGGGUAAUGGGAAGAUUGGGACACUUUUGAAAGUAAUGAUUGACGAGAGUGAUGUUUUAUUGCCCUUUGGGUACACCAAAAUAGACGAGAUUGCAAGUCGAGCAAAGGUUAAUUCACCUCCAAUAAACACACUGAUGCAUGCCCUGAAAAAGGAAGGGUAUGCUGCCACUAGAUCACACAUAGCAUCAGCAGCAAUCAAGACAAAUUGUCCAAUGGUUGAUUGUGUGAGGAUUGCGAAAGAACUCCAAUGCUUUUCGGUGACUGCUUAAUGAUAAGGUUUCAAAUUUUACAUAAUACAUCCACUUAGAAAUUGGGUAUUUAUGGACUCCAAACUCAAAAGAUGCCUCCUGGUGACGAUGCUUUACGAAAGAGGAAUUUGAAGGAUGACCAGUCUUACCAAUUUAUGUUGCUAAGAAUGAAAGAAAGGGUUCGAUUUCAUGGCAAGAAGGAUAAGUGCACAGACUUGUAAAUUUUGUUGCCAUGAAGUUCAUUCAAACAAGAACCAUGAUGGCAAAUGGUUCAAACUUCAAAGUAGUCCUUGUGUGGCAAAUUCUUAUUUUCUUCUUUUUGCCUUUCCUUGUGGAGAUUUUGUAUUUUGACCAAAAAUGUAAUAUACCUAUUACAGUGUUUAAGAAAAACUGAAAAAGUAUUUAACCUCUUUCAGUUUUUGUCACCCUUUAUUGGUUUGGAUGAUGGAAUCUGCUUCAUAAUGUUUGUG